CGUGAUUUGCCCCCAGUCGCUUUGAGUAGUUUGUUGUUAGAUUUGAAAGUGGUUAGCUUACAGUAAAAGGAAUUACAGUUGUGACCCAAGAAAUGGACUUUCCAGCUUCAUAUUACGGGAAACUUGACAAAAGGAACCCAGUUAUUUCAGCUUUUGAACGAGACAUUAACUCGUUUAUAACGAUGAUGAGACGUGUAGCGUCCUCCACCAGCCAAGACAACAGCUCGUAUGCUAAAGGGAUUAAAAUCCUGCUGGAGAUAUGGAGAAACUACAAACAUCGACUGCCUUCAAAGUUGUACGAGGAGCGCAUGUUGCAGAUUGCAGAUUUUCUCUGUGGAAUUAAGUUGUACCAGCUGGCUCUGUGGCAGGGCUACGGUCUCCACCUGCAGCAGUUCAGCUCCGUGAAUAUAACUGACAUCACGGAUGUGGACCACUUCAUGGCCUGCUUCUUCCCUGAAGGUUUUGAUACAGACCAAGAUACCCUUGACAUGAAGAUCCUUGCAAUGCAUGGCUGUGUGCUGUGUAUAUUUGAGCAGGAGAAAAGGCACAGCAUCCUCAGCCAGAAGGGACUCUGUAAACUGCUGCAAGUGCUGAACUUCAUCAGGAUCAUGAUGCAGGCUUUUCAGCAACAUGAGCACCUCUGUUGGCAAAUAUAUAAUGGUUCGUUACACAUUUACAACAUCUGCCGUUACCUGAUGACAAUGAACUGUAGUGCACAGGCACUGGAGUACCUCGUGUGGGCAAGCAUCAGUUUAGAGCUGUCCAUCCCUCUGAUGACUGCAAAGUAUCUGCCAUGGAUUGUUACACUCCACUGUGCUGUCUGCCACUGUUACUAUGACAACCAGGCUACAGUUCAGGCAGAGGAAUUUGCCAGGAGAGCCCUUGGAAAAAUCAACGACCUUGCAGAGCUGGAGCAGCAGAGCGGAGUUCCUGCCACCAGAGAGACUCAGAGAGCUUUAAAAGAAGCCUCUAUCAAGCUGGCUGCCAUGAUGUUCAAGCGGGUGGUGUUUGAGGCCAGAAAGAGACCCAAACACAUGUUCAGAAUCAAAACCAAAAGCACCCUGAAAGACAUACCUAAUGUGCCAUGGCCUCGUAACACGACAGAACGCAUGCUAAUGAGCCUGUUUGACAGUAGCGCAGCACAGUUCUUGGGCAUCUUGGAGGCACUCUGGGACAGCACCAAACGCCCAUUGUACACAAGGGUGUCAGAUGAACCAGAGGUGCAGGAGGUUGUCCUGGAACUCCUGUCAGCUGGCAUCAGUAUAUUAUCUGGAGCGGCAAGUACAAGUGAGCAAAAGCAUGAUGACCACUCAUGCGUGUCUCUUAGUGUGCUGACACCAACAUCCCCUCUAAUGGAUUUAGCCAUUACAGGAGAAAACAAAGUAUCCUUCAUGUCUGCAGUGAGGUUCAUUAAGCUUUUGUUUCAGUACAAGCAGCCAGAUGCAUUCACUGAACUCGCUGGAGAGAUGCUGCAGGUUUUGUCUGAUGUGGGGGAUCAUUCAUACAGGAAGGUAGAAAUGGAGCUCGCUUUGCUUGUCAGCUUCAACAGUCUGCAGUCCUCCCAGAGGAGCCGUCCUAGAGAGGACAGCAUCAUCGAUGACAGACACAAGUCUUCAUUCUCAAUGAGUGAUGAGUUCAUUGGCCUGGUAGACACCUUGCACAAGUCUGUUUGUGGCUCUGCUCCUGUGCAACCAGAUGGGGACCUGGUUUUGGAAGUUGUGUUAUUUCUGUGGGGUAAAAUGAAGGUGGUGAUGCAGAGGGAUCAGCUGCAAAACCCAGAGUUUACACACAACCUUGAGAAGGUUGAUAAUUACCACAAGUGGGUCUGGUGUCUGUCUAUGCUGUGCGAGGUGGCCUUUGACUGUGACCUAGCAACUGUUGACUGCAUAAUGACAGCAGAGAUGAUCCACACAUUGGCCAUACUGCUAGAGAGUGCAGCUGAACGCCGUAAACAAACACCAGCAGCUCGUGAAGCAGACGCUAAUGGUGUGAAGCCGAGCUCUUUCACUCUUCUUGAGAGGUCGAAUACAGAGCUGCUACAGAAGGUGUGUGAGAUGGCUAAGAGGGGUCUUGAAGCUCUGGUGAAGGGUGUAGCUACACUGAUGCCCCAAGAUUGCUCAUCAAUCACUGACUCUGCCUUCAUGCAGAAAUUUAGUCCCAUCCCUCCAUUGACCUCCUCCCUACCUUCAUCAGAAGAGGGAAAUGGAGAAGAUGAAACAAGUGAGAAGGAAAAAGAAGUUGAAACCAAGGCAGAACCAGAUGUCAAAAGCUCAAGACACACUCAGUCCACAUGUGUGUCGCUGCUGGCCGCAGACCUCCAUCUUGAGCUAGACAUCAUCCACUGCAGGGCUUCCCUCAAGUUACUGCAGCUAAAUGCAGUUGCCGAGUCUGAUCUGUUGGAUCGGAUCAAGAAGAACAAGGUGUCCAAAGCUCUUUUCCUGAUCCAGAAAGCCUUGCUGGUGUACAACAACAUGGAACCAAAUAAAAGCAGAAAAACCAAGAUUCUGCUAGAGGAGGCCUCCACCCUGAUAGAGAAAGCAGAGGUAGAGGAGAGAAAACUGUAUAUGUCCACCACCCCUAAGACUCCAGCUGAAAAUAAAGUCAAAGAUUUGAAGGAGGAAAAAGAAAAUUCUCCACCUCCCCCCAUCCUACGCUCACGGACUGACCACUCCUUAACCUUUGCCCCAGCACCUUACCACAUGGAGGAACAAGUGUGCUGGUACCAGCUCUGCGGUCGGGCAGCUGAGGGCAUUAACCGGAAAGUCCGCCUUGGAGACUUCAGCCUGCCAGGAACUGGGAAUUUGGUACCAGCAGUAUCUGGUGAGUGCGUGCUGAGGGUGGAGGGCCUGGAACCCAACCAGAAGUAUGUGUUUGCUCUAGCAGCCUACAAUAGCCAGGGCAAGCUACUCGGCAAUUCCGCUGGAGGAACAACACUCCCACUGCUAGCAUCCAUGCCAACACCACUGCUCUCCACAUGGGCUCACUUGGCACAGGUGGCAUUUCAGACAGAGCAGUAUGACGUUGCAAAGAGAGCCUGCAGGGAAUUGUGGAGCCACUAUACCUUCUCAAACCCCCACAGCUCACAUGAUAGACUUGCUACUACAGGGCUGCAUAUCCAGACCCUGCAACGCUCCUCUCCUCUCCUGUGUCAGUUGUUCCUCACUUCCAUCUUCAUUGAGACAGAGAUCAACAUUCAGCAGGGAUCGCUCUAUUGUGACUCAAGCAGUGACAGUGGACUGUUUAUCUGGGAACAGGAAGCCAGACUGGCAGAAUGUGAGCGAAUGCUGGUGGCCAUGGACCUGGCGAUGUGGUUAAAUGACAGCAGCGCUGCCUUGCAAGCUGUAGUAAGCUGUUACGGCCUUUUGGCCCCUCUAAUCUUCCAUCAGAUCACUUGCGACCCUGUGGUGCAGGUGCUUACAAAAUGCCUGACAGUUUUGGAGGAGAAUUCAGCUCUUCUCAAGCAAAAAUGGACAGGAAACACCUCAGAGUCUCUGAUGCACAUGAUAGCCUGCAUCACCUACUAUCUGUCUAAGGCAUUACGUGUGCUCAAAGAGCCUCAGAUGGCAUCUGCAGUGAUGGACUGUGGUCGCACGCUGCUCCAGGACAUCUUUGAUGCUCAACUGCAGAUCAGUAGAGUUGCCAACAAAGCUGUGGGUACUAAGACAGCAGAUGCUGCUGCAAUCAAGGAUGAAAUGAAGAUAAGCCUUCAGCUGAAAGCACUGCAUGGGAAGAACAAGAAAAUGAUCACAUCUGAAGCAACUCUCUCUGCAGAUAAUGAGACUUCACGCCCACUGACUGGCUGUGAGGAUCCUGCCAUACUUUAUGAUCGAAUAUCCAGCAGCACAUUAAAGGACGCCUAUCAAGAUGUAAUGAAGCUCAGACGCAAGGCAUAUUUCAUUGAGUUUGCGUCACUACUACUCCAGAGAACCAUGGAAGAAGGCCACACAGACCUUGUGUUAAAGUGGGGGCACACCAUAUUUGAAUUUCUUUCCAGACGUGACGAGGGGAUGGGACUGUCCACAAAAUGUCUGGAGGGAAAUGGUCACAGUAAAAGAAAGAGUCAUGUUCAGGCUCUGAAAGGAAAUGAACCACCCCAGCAGAACAAGAACACAUCUUCUCAUGAUGAUGUGAGAAAAAAACUAAAGCAGAAAAUGCCACCCAGCAUGCUUCAGAGAGUGAGAACUAACAGGGAGAUGCAUGCUGUGGAGAAUUUGUUGACCUUGAUGUCAUCUGUGGUGCAACGCCACAAGAAGCAGUUUCAGCUCAGGAACAUGUGCUCCGAGGAGAGAGUGUGGAAGUCACACCUCAACUACAGCAUGGCUCAGGCACAUUUAACAGUGCUUUACCAGGUCCUGGACCAGCUGCAUGGAGGAGACCUGCAGCACAGGUACAGCCAGUUAAAUCCCUUGUGUUUCUCUCUGGCCUACACUGGUGUCCUUGUGAAGCAAAGGAAGUCACAGCAACAACAGUCCUCUAAAUGUGAGGUUGUCCCAGAGAGAGACUCCUCUCACUCCGGUCUUAGGGAUUAUAUGAUGGCUGCACACAAAGACAGGAACAAAAAGGAGGAAGUUAGAGUUGAUGACUCCGCCACAGAUAAGAGGGAGAGGGAGGGAGAGGACUCCUCACAGUCUGUUGAACAGCAGGUUCAGAUUCAGAAACGCACUUCUGCCUUGCUGCUGGACACACUUAACCACGCUGCUUCACAUCUUCGAAGGGCCAUGGUGUUGGCCCACCGUGGCAGCCACUGGACCACUCUGCAGACUGUGUGUCAGACUACGUGGGAUCAAAGCUGCAGACUUGCUAUAUUAGUACAGAGAGCUGAUCAGGUUAAACCUCCCUUCCUACUUACAACAGACCAGCUGCACACCACUUUCACCCCGCUACUUGUGCUGUCUACUGACCUAAUCAUGGACAUGCUGAAUAAGCUAGGGCUGUGGAGUUUGUAUGACAGUGACUUCACUGAGGAGGAGCUAGAGUCAAGUCUCCACUUCUCAGCCUCACUGGAUGACAGCACACGGGUGGACCUGCGUUGGGUCCGCACCUUGGUGUUGCACACUCUGGAGCGGCUCCAUGACAGUGGCAAAUGGGAAAAUCUGGCCCACUUUGCCUUACUUUUCAACUCAUACACACGGGAGCGUUAUGCCUUGAUAGUAACUCCCCUACUAGUCCAUGCUCAGAGGAGGCUGCUUGAAAGGAUUAGCUCUUUUGGAGGGCCUGCAGUUCCACAACCACACCAUGCCAAGUCACAGAGGGCCAAUGGCAAGGAGGUAACUUACAGGAGCUAUGCAGGCUGCCAGCUGCUCAGCGGGUGGAUCCCUCACACUGCACUGCAACCUUUGAGCCGCAAAAAAGCACCACUCACAAACCUUAAUCCACAAGACUCAACUGAGCUUAAAGGUGUAGAGAUGCAGCACUCCAUGUCCCUUGUGUGCGUUCCUCUGGAUGUGGAAGACACACUGUGCUGUUACCGUCAAGCUCUUGAGAGAAGACCGCAUUGUCUUCAGGUGUUCCAGAAUAGCCGCUCAUUACUGCUGCGGCUUCUAGCAUACACACAGUCUUGCUUUGCAGCACAGCGGCACUGUCAGAGCAGAAGUCUCAGCCAUUCUGCAAGCCUGGUUGAUUUCAGUCCCAUGGUUAUGCCAACUCCAAACAUCCAACCUCGCGAUCUGAUGGAGGAGGACUACAGUAGUCCAAAUGCUCUCUACAGCCUCCCUGUCAGCCCUGACCAUAUGCCCACUGUCAUUGCUGCAUACUCCACAUCAAUUAAGUAUCUCCAAGCCAACAGCCACGACUCCCUCAGAGUUUUGGCACUGCAUGAAAUGGGAAACCUGCAGUUCUAUAACGGAAACACACGGGCAGCACACUCUUACUGGAGCAAAGCUGUAGAUUCUGCCUUACAGAACUCAGGUGUGGUAGAGAAAUGGGAUGGUGUGUCCUUUGGUGGUGGCACCAUGCAACAAACCCUGAAACAGGCUGGCAUUUGGGGAUGUCUGCAGGCUGCUGGGCUCACUGCUAAGAUUGCACAGCAUAUCUUAACUUCUGAUAUCAGCCAGCGGACCAAAUACUGUCUCUUGUCUGCUCACCUCUUUAAGUGUGUGCUGUGUUGCUCCCUGGCUCAGCCCCAGGCCGACCUCCAGUACGCUUCCCACAGCAUUGGAGAUGAACUGCUCCCUGGAGUCGACCUUUUCUCUGAACCCCACAGGGUUCACCUCGGCACCACCGUAACCAGCCUGAACUUCAUCUGCCACUGGCUUUUCAUCACAGGCUAUCAAAUCACGCUUCUGCCCAUGCUGGCCCUUUACCAGUAUUUUGUGGGGACUGUGUGCAGGGAUGUGCAACGCUCUGUUGAGGGCAAAAUACUUAAGAUCCGAGCUCUUACUGAACUGUGUCUGUUCACUGAAGCUGUAAACGAGGCAGUUCAGGUCGCACAAGGAACAGGGGUUCGUCUGCCUAAUGGAUACUACAUCAACCAAGACAAUCUCCAACCUCUGAAGACAUUCCACUGCAGCAAGUCUCUCUUGGACAAUGCUGAGGCUUUGGAAGAACUUGUGAACUAUGACAUUGCUCCAGAGGUUGGCACGCUAUAUGGAUCCACAUUGUGCCUGCGAUUCAACCUUGCUCGUAUUCAACUAGUCCUGGCUCUCAGUAGCACUGUACAUGGUCCUCCUCUGCCAGAGUGGGAAUAUCUUUCAGAUUCUGUCGAAGGAGAAGCUUGUGCCAGCAUAAGAAGUUGUUCAGUGAACUCAGAACACCAUGAACAGGACAGACUGGAGUCUGAGGGCUCUUGCCUAAAGACCGAGGAGCCAAAAGUACUGGCUCUUGAUUCACAGAAGAAGCAGCUCACUCCAGGAAGGAUUAAGUUCCUUUUGCUAGAAGCAGCAUCCUCCUUGUUGCGCUCCAUUUCACAGAAGCUCACAUCUCAGUCCUGUAGCGAAACUGAGAACCUGCAAUUGGCAAUAGAGUCCAAUCUUCUAAAGGCCAGCCUCUACCUGCAACAAGGACAUGCUGCACUUAGUUCUGAAAUGGCAGUUUCAUCAUUGGUGCUGCUGCAGGCAUCUCCUUUAAUGGUGAGGGGGUCCAUACCUGGCUCUGAGAAACUUGUGUCUGAGUUCUCACGUGCCAGGGCUGGAAGUGAACAGGGUACUAAAGAUUGCAGUCUGUCAAGUCCGUUGCAUGGAGACUGUUCCAGAGCAGUUGAGGCCAAUGAGAGAAUUGGAAUUGCUCUGUGGCUACGUUGCCGCCUGGCUCUGUUCCGUAGCCUGGCUGCACAGAUCCCUGAUGCUACUGCCCUUACCCCAGGUAAGAACAUUAAUCAGGGAGCAACUCAGAUGUUACAAGAGGGUCUUGAUGAAUGUGCCCUAUGGGGAGACCUUGACAUUCAAGCCCUGUUGAUGGUCGAAGGUGCGGAAUUGGAGGAACAGAGAGGCAAGACUGAUGACAGCAUGGCACUACUGCAGGAAGCAGUGAGCCUGCUCUCAGGACGGACAUGCAUGCCACCAGGGUCCAGUGUGACUCUGGCUCGGGCCACUUUGCUGCUCAGCGACCUGAGAGGAAAGCAAAGUACCGCACUUCUAAAACUGACACAGAAACUACUCCAGAAGCAGCUGUCUGUUUUUGGUGAGAGUGUGGUGUUGGAUGAUGGAAAAAUGUAUUUCUCUCCUCCUGGACCUAGCAACAUAUACCUCCCUUACCUCCACAUACUGGAUCAGACCACUUUGCGAAUUGGUCACAUCCUGGAUCUCAAUGCCGUGGAAAAGCUUGUCUCUGCCCAGUCAUCACAAUCCACUUCCACGCAGCUAUUACUCCAGUCCAGCCAGAUUGAGAGAGACUCUCAGGCACCGAUUCCCUCUCUAAGCAAAUCAAACACCUCCGGUCCUACAAGCCUUCCAUGCUAAGCCGCUUUGAGAUAACUAGAAUAGAAUGACACUUAUAAGGUGUCAGUGCUGUGCCUACUGAGAGAUAUACAGUAAAAGUUUGGACUCACUUUCUCAUUCAAGGGAAUGAGAAGGUGUGUCCAAACUUUUACUGGUACUGUAGCUUGAUGCUGAAUUGGGUAUAUGGCCACAAGUGUGUGUGUCUCUGUUUCUGGGGGGGUUCUUUUUGUUUCGUUAAAGAGAAAAAGAAAAUGUUGUGGGCAACCUGGUGCAAUUAAACAUUUCAUGAUGAACUUAUUUGAGUUGUGUAGAAUUGAAGUACUGUAUUUGUUAAUAGGCUAUUACAAUGGCUAACAGACUGAACAAUGUUAAUGUAAAGAAUGCAUAUGUUAUGUUAUGGAUAUUUUCAGGUACUAUACGAUGUUGAUUAUGUAUAUGUAUAUGUAUGUAGUUUUUUAUCUUCACAUUCUUCAUUCUCCAAUCUCAUUGUAUGUUUCCUGCCACUUGGCAGUAAAUGGAGACAAGAAAGAGAACUGUUGGAGUUGGGAAUAAACAACUCUUUAGAUACCUCUUGAA